AUGGGAGAUCCUGAAACACGGAUUGUAAUCGACUCCGGCACACAGGAAUGGCGAGUUGGAUUUGCCAGCGCGAAUUCGCCCACGGCGCGCAUCGUUCCGUCUGUUCAGGAAUUGGAGGGUACGGAAGUAGUCCAGAAUGGUGUGGUGCUUGAAUUUAAGUCUACAAACCAUGCCGUCAACUACUUUGCUAAACACAUCAGAAAGGCUGCCUCACAUCUCAAGGUGGACCCGAGAUCGUCGCACCUGCUUCUCUCCGUCCCUCAGAAAAUGUCAGAAGAAUAUCGCCAACGACUAACUGAGGAACUCUUCGAGGGAUUCAACUUUAAGUCCGUCUUUUAUGUCAGUCAGCCGUUACUGGCCGCCUACUCGUCUGGCUACUUCAACUGUCUAGUGGUUGAUUCUGGCUACUCAAACACGGGUAUUUUGGCAGUCAAAAACCUCUACCCCUUGCAAGAAAGUGAGAGAGUUCUCCCCCUAGGCGGCAGAAACAUCGACCGAUAUUUGAGACACCUAACGGGCAGCAAACUGAACGCCUACAAUGAAGCGGAUCUGCGGCAUGUUAAGGUUAAUUACUGUUCCGUAGGCUCGCAUUUCCCGAAAUCGGGUGAUGUGCAUAGAUCGUUAAUUGUAAUGCCCGAUGGGAAUAGAAUCGCGAUGGGAGAGGAGUUGCUGCUGGCACCUGAGAUGCUCUUCAAUCCGAGUCUGGGCGGACUGCCCGACGUCAUGCCAAUCGAUCAGGCCGCGAUCAAGUCGGCCUUGAGCCUGGACGAGAACGACUCCUACGCAGUCCUGGAGACGGUUGUUUUGGCUGGCGGGAACUGCGUUUUUCCUGGAACCGCGUCCAGAAUGCAGCUGGGAAUCGCGACGCGGACGGUGCCGCUGAUUAACAAGAGAGUGGUGAAGCACAAGAAGGAAACAGAUGCAGUUUGGGUUGGUGGGACAAUAAUCGCCUCUACCCAGACCUACUCAAAGGUGUGUAUUACCAGGGAAGCCUACAAAGAGCGUGGACCAACCAUCGCUACUGAGAGGUGGCUCUGA